UCGAGUGCGGGGAGGGAGGGGAGAGCGGGUCACGACGUUGCCGGGGCGGGGAUAACCCCUCACGUGGAGCAGAUGAAAGGGCCGCGGCGCGACGGCCGGGGGAGCCGAGCCGAGCCUGCGACCCACAAAGCCGCCGCCGCCGCCGCCGCCGCGAUGGGGCUGUGAGGCGUCCGCCCGCGCUCGGUCCUCCGCCGGCCCGCGACUAUGCCCGGCCGCGCCCGCCCUCCGCGCUCUCCCGCCGCAGGACCAUGAGGCCGCGCUCGGGCGGGCGCCCAGGGGCCCCGGGCCGCCGCCGCCGCCGCCUCCGCCGCCGCCCCCGCGGCCCCCGCGGCCGCUGCCUGCCGCCGCCGCCGCCGCUGCCGCUGCUGCUCGGGCUGCUGCUGGCGGCCGCGGGGCCCGGCGCGGCGCGGGCCAAGGAGACGGCGUUUGUGGAGGUGGUGCUGUUCGAGUCGAGCCCGAGCGGCGACUACACCACCUACACCACCGGCCUCACGGGCCGCUUCUCGCGGGCCGGGGCCACGCUCAGCGCGGAGGGCGAGAUCGUGCAGAUGCACCCACUGGGCCUGUGUAAUAACAACGAUGAAGAGGACUUGUAUGAAUACGGCUGGGUAGGCGUGGUGAAGCUGGAACAGCCAGAAUUGGACCCGAAACCAUGCCUCACUGUCCUGGGCAAGGCCAAGCGGGCAGUGCAGCGAGGAGCCACUGCGGUCAUCUUUGAUGUGUCAGAAAACCCAGAAGCUAUCGAUCAGCUAAACCAGGGCUCAGAAGACCCGCUCAAGAGGCCAGUGGUGUACGUGAAGGGUGCAGAUGCCAUCAAGUUGAUGAACAUUGUCAACAAGCAGAAAGUAGCUCGAGCAAGGAUUCAGCACCGCCCCCCUCGACAACCCACAGAGUACUUCGACAUGGGGAUUUUCCUGGCAUUCUUCGUCGUGGUCUCCUUGGUCUGCCUCAUCCUUCUCGUCAAAAUCAAGCUGAAACAGCGGCGCAGUCAGAAUUCCAUGAACAGGCUGGCUGUGCAGGCUCUGGAGAAGAUGGAAACCAGGAAGUUCAACUCUAAGAGCAAGGGGCGCCGGGAGGGGAGCUGUGGGGCGCUGGACACACUCAGCAGCAGCUCGACGUCCGACUGCGCCAUCUGCCUGGAGAAGUAUAUCGACGGAGAGGAGCUGCGGGUUAUCCCCUGUACUCACCGCUUUCACAGGAAGUGCGUGGACCCGUGGCUGCUGCAGCACCACACCUGCCCCCACUGUCGGCACAACAUCAUAGAGCAAAAGGGCAACCCGACUGCCGUGUGCGUGGAGACCAGCAGCCUUGCACGCGGCCGGCAGCAGAGGGUGAUCCUGCCGGUGCACUACCCCGGCCGCGUGCACAGGACCAACGGCAUCCCGGCCUACCCCACCCGCACGAGCAUGGACUCCCACGGGAAUCCCGUCACGCUGCUGACCAUGGACCGGCACGGGGAGCAGAGCCUCUACUCCCCACAAACCCCCACCUACAUCCGUGGCUACCCACCCCUCCACCUGGACCCCAGCCUGGCCCCUCACCGCUGUGGCCUGGAGCACCGGGCCUACUCCCCAGCCCACCCCUUCCGCAGGCCCAAGUUCAGCAGCCGCAGCUUCUCCAAGGCAGCUUGCUUCUCUCAGUAUGAGACCAUGUACCAGCACUACUACUUCCGGGGCCUCAGCUACCCGGAGCAGGAGGGCCAGGCGCCGGCUGGCCUCGCACCCCGGGGCCCAGCCCGUGCCUUUGCGGCUAGCAGCGGGAGCAGCCUGCUCUUCCCCACCAUGGUGCACAUGGCCCCGCCAUCGCACCUGGAGAGCGGCAGCACGUCCAGCUUCAGCUGCUACCACGGCCACCGCUCGGUGUGCAGCGGCUACCUGGCCGACGGCCCGGGCAGUGACAGCAGCAGCAGCAGCAGCAGCAGCAGCAGCUCCGGCCAGUGUCACUGCUCCUCCAGCGACUCGGUGGUGGACUGCACUGAGGUCAGCAACCAGGGUGUGUACGGGAGCUGCUCCACCUUCCGCAGCUCCCUCAGCAGCGACUACGACCCCUUCAUCUACCGCAGCCGGAGCCCCUGCCGUGCCAGCGAGGUGGGGGCCGUGGGCGGCUCGGCCCGGGGGCCGAUGCUGGGCCUCGAGGGCUCCCCGCCACCUGAGGACCUCUCGGUGGCCCACAGUCAAGGUGCUGGGCGAGCAGAGCCUUGGCCCGGCCCUUCCUCACCCUCGGGGGAUCAGCUGUCCACCUGCAGCCUGGAGAUGAACUACAGCAGCAACUCCUCCCUGGAGCCCAGGGGGCCCGCUAGCUCUACCUCAGAAGUGGGGCUUGAGGCUUCUCCUGGGGCGGCCCCAGACCUCAGGAGGACCUGGAAGGGGACCCACGAGGGGCUGUCAUGUGCCUGCUGCUGUGAGCCCCAGCCCUCCGCCCUGGAGCCCAGCGGUGGAGUGGCCGGGGGCAGCACAUUGUUCCUGGGCCCCCCGCUCUGUGAGGCCUGUGGCCCCACGGGCAGAGAGGUGCAGCCGGGAAGCUCCCAGGGCCUGUACAGCCUUCACCCGGACCAUUUGCCCAGGACAGAUGGGGUGAAAUACGAGGGCCUUCCCUGCUGCUUCUAUGAAGAGAAGCAGGUGGCCCGUGGCAGCGGCGGGGGCCGCACCUGCCGCGUGGAGGACUGCUCGGUCAGUGUGCAGUACACGCUCGCCCAGGAGCCCCCACCCGGCUGCCCCCCAGGAGCCUGGGACCUGAGCCAGCGCAUCCCCAUCAUUCCGGAGGAUGUGGACUCUAACUUAGGCCUGCCCUCGGACUGCCAAGGGACCCAUGGCCUCGGCCCCUGGGGUGGGACACUGGGCCCGGAUGCCCUGCGACCCCACUGCAUCCUAGGAGCCACCCAGGAAGACGAGCCGAUUAUGUGCCACCAGGCCAGGGCUCCGCUCUCGCCCAGCUGCUCUCCGGAGUGUGCAGAAGCCCCCGGGACCACCUUCCCUGGUGCCCCCCAGGACACUCAGGAGUCCAGCGCCACCGCCCCUGAGGCUGCAGGACAGAGAUCUCGCCCAGCAGACAGUGGCACAGGAGCCUGAGCUCAGAAGGAACUCUUACACGGAAAUGGGGACUAUAUGGAGACUCCAAGCUCUGACUUCCUUAAGGGAAAAAAAAAAAAAGAUUUUUUUUUUUAGCUUUGACAAACACACAAAAGUGGUAAUAAAGAGAGCCCUCCUUCUCAACCCAAAAUGUGAGCCACCUGUGGCAAACUGCCUCCCACCCCCCAUUAACAAACCAACAGACAAAAUUCUCUGAGUCUUUUGCCUCUUUUGAUAACAUGGUAUAUUCUGUUUUGUAAAGUGUGUGUGCUUGGGGUCCCAAGGUGUGUGGGAUUGAGUUCUCUGCUUUGUUUUUUAAGAUAUUAUAUGUAAAUGUAAAAAGUUAUUUAAAUAUAUAUUUUAAAGAACCCUAAUCGCCAACUUUUGCUGAAAAAAAAAAAAAAAAAAGAAAUCACUGCUGCAUUAAUUG